UUCUUCUUCUUCUUCUUCUUCUUCUUCUUCUUCUUCUUCUUCUUCUUCACUGCUGGGGACGUACUGCGGAGAAGCGCCGCGUCUAGGUGACAGAGCUGGUCACAGAGUCUGCACACGACUGUGUCGUCCCGGGACAUCCCGAAGAUAUUUCGAAGAAAGUUUGGAGAACCAGAGAAGAGACACCCUUAAGAACUACGGCGAUUCUCGUUGUCUUGCAUCCGUGAUUCCGCGAGGUGAGCGAAAUUGAGAUCGGAAGCGAGAGACUAAUAACGCGCGCGAUACCGUAUCAUCUGUCAACGAGCUUCAAGGAUUUAACUGCGAGAAGAUUAACGAGUAAUCAUCGCUCGAAAAACUAGUUAUUUUUUUCAAAAAUUCGAAGAUUACUCAUAGACUCUGUUUAUCGAGCAUCUUCAAGCGAAAUUUUCGGGAUUCGAUAUUCUUUUUUUGUGGAUUAUUUUCGCCCAGAUUGAAAAUUAUUCCUGGAAACGAAAUCGAGAAAAUUUCGAGCUUUGUUUUAUCUUUUGCAAUAUUAUUUGCGUUAAUUUUUGGAAAUACGAAUCAUCUGUCAUUGUAAUCGAAGACGGAAUUCGAGUGCAACGCGACUGCAUUAAGUUUUUCGAACAAUUUUUCAUUAUUUGCGACAAUGGUUAAAAUCUUCGUGCUUAUUUUAUUGGUGUCCAUCGCGACCAAUACAUGGUCCCAUCAUCAUCACCAUCAUCAUCAUCAUGGAUUUUAUCCGAUGCACAAAAAAGAAAACAGUCACGUAGAUUUUGUCGAAGGAAAAUCCAAUUUUAAGAGUGAGGAAACAACGGAUACUUUGCUGUCAGAAUCAUUGAAGAAAAGUGCAAGACACGUAGAGGCCUUAGACAGAAAAGGCUCGAUUCCCUUCAGUGCACGGAGAGUAGAAAAAAUGCUGGAAAAGGCGAUCCUUCAAAUAAUCACAGGUGAUCUCAGCACGGCCAAUAUGCUGCUGUUGAAAAGUCUCAAUUACACUCCCGAAGAAGUGCUGGCGAUUCGCGAGCGUGAACUCGACAAACGAAAGGAUGAAGAAUUGAAGAAAGCAACAGAGUCCAGCGAGGGAAGAUUCUACGACGAAAAUAUUUAUGGAAAUAGAGCAAAGCAUUGGAACUACAAUUCCAUGGAGUUUGAGUCGUCUUCUCGUUACGAUCCUAACAUCGACGUGUCCGAUAGGAACGAUAGGAAGAGAGACCGAUACGAGGAGAAAGACGACAAGAACUUCGAUUUUGACGCUUACAAUCGCCAAGCAGUGAUCGAUUACGAGAACUUGGCCUCCAAGCUCGAGCUGCAGCAAGAAUCGUGGUCCGAGGCCGCGAAUCUCGAUUACGAGGACGAAUCGAAGAAUGCCGAAGAGCAGGACACGUCGCAGAAUCUUCAUCGAAGCUUCGACCGUGCCAUGGAGCCCCACGUGAUCUUCAAGAUUCCCUACGACGAUUCCGAGUUCGAUUCCAGCUCUGGUUCCGACGAGAGAUCGAGGUUCGUAAACAGGGAAGGCGCCCUCGCCUCGUCCAAGGAUCCAAAGCAUCCUUCGACCUUGAGGCACACGACUGCCAGGAACGUCGCCAAUUCUUUUCACGCUCCUUCAUUAUCAACUACUUCUUCUUCGUCUGCUUCUUCCGCGGCUACUGAGGAUACUCCGCUUCCCAUAGUAUACCAGCUGGGGAACUUUAAAGACGUCAGGCCAAAUUAUACCAGGAAUCAACUUACCUUCGGCACGACGGAAUCUCCGGAGCCUACCAUCACGAGCGAUAUCGUUGCAAACGUUACAUCUAACGUGACCUUGAUUGACACCCUGAUGACGGAUCUCAACAAUUCGUUCGCCAAGGACGCGGACAACGAUACGGUUGAUAGGAAAAUCAGCGAGUACGAGGGGCUGGAAUGGGUCGGAGAGGAUGUUUACAGAGUGAUACCGGCUUUCACGGACUCGCUGGGCUACGUCGACGAGAACGAGACGUCGGAUUACGAGGAGCAGAUGAUGAAUACCUUACCGGAGGGAAACGAGAAUGAUACUCUGGAGUAUCAGAACGACGCCCUGGAUCAGACGAAGCAUUUCGUGGCCAACGUCAACGCGUCGUCGUCUGUCGAGAACGCAUCGUUGACGAAUCUCUCUGCCUAUCAACAACUGGCGCUCGCUCAUCGCCGAGAAGAAAACGUAACCUCAAGCUUCGGCAGUCAGGGUCAGAAAGCCUUGGAAAAUAUCAAGACGAUAGUCCUCGGGAUAACUGGCAGACGCAACAACAAUAGCACCAACACCAAUCAGAUUCAGCGCGAGAGGCUCACCAUGUUCUCGUCUACUUGCCAGAUACCUCGAAACACGGACGCCGAGGCUUGGACAGAUCCGUUCUCGAUGAACAUACAUUUUCAAUUGAAUCUGACUUCCGGUGAUCAUGUUGUCGCGGCGAAAUUGCGAAUUUAUAAAUUACCGCAGGAGAAUCUCACGACUUACGCGAGCGGGAGUUUCGACGAGGACGAGGAUGACGAGAAGAAGAUUAGGAUAUCCGUUUAUUAUUACACGAAGUCGCUGAAAAGGCAUCGAUCGAAGAAACGACUGAUGGACUCCAUCGUGACGCCCCUGACGAGCUACGGCAAACAGCUGGUGCUGGAUGUCAGGCAAGGCGUGAGAUUCUGGCGACUGAUCCCGCGAAGUUCUCCACACGGCAACGGUAACAAUCACGGUUUGGUGAUUCAGAUAGAGGAUCAAGACGGCCGGGCGCUGAAACCGGCUCUGUAUAUCCAGCAGCCGUCCUGCGCGGACCACGAUUCGAAUCAGAAGUCCAACUCAAACCUGCACUUUUCAUCCGAGCUUGUGCUCGUUACAGUCACAUCGUAGACGGCGAGAAAGUCACAUACGUCAAUUGUAAGCACUAAACAGAAAUGACAAUAUUCGAUCGGAUCAUCGGCAACGAGGGGAUUUGUUUCGAAGCGAGCCAACUUAAAUUACGUUGUCGUCGUCUCGAAAUAUCUGCACAGACAAGACAAAGACAGGUGCAAUUUUUUUUUGUUUAAAUUCAAAAUCGCGCGCGUAUGAAAAAAUGUCUAUCCAGAAAUAUUAUGUAAAAAUGCAUCCUCUAAGUAUUGAAUUUUAAACUUUAGAAUUUAAGAAAUUUCGUAUUAAUGGUGAAGGAAAUUUCAUAUAAUUGAAUGAUAGAUUAGUAAACAGAUAAACAGAGAGUCGGAGCGAAUUAAAGCAAAACAUUUUCUUUUAAGCUCUCUCGCCUUCAAAAAAGAGAUGCCUCUAAAAUUGUUUACUAACUGCUUAUUUCUUUUACUGACAAUUCAUUCGAGAAAGAUGUAUAGGCCCGGCUUUAGGUAAAUAACAAUAGUUGUAAAAAAUAGAUAUGAUUCUAUAGGAGUUUUUUAUAUAGACUGUUUUUAACUUAAGGAAGAACUAUUUAAAUAUAGUAAUUUAAGUUCUCAUAUAAUAAUUCUUGUACGUUUAAGUGAAUUGUCUUCUUUUUAAAUAUCCUAUUAUAAUGUACAUAUAAUUAAGUGUAAAUGACUUUUAUGCAUUCGCCAACGUGUCAACAUACCCAUGACUGAUAUAGCCAAAUGUAAAAGUUAGGAUCGCGCGCGCGCGCGAGCGCGCAUAUACAUACGCGCACACACACACACACAUACAUAUACAUAUAUAUUUAUGCUAAGUAUAAAUAAAUAAAUUAAGGAUUUUGUUAGGAUACCUGGAUUUUGUUCCGAGUUUGUCAUCUGGUUAGGUGAAUUUGUAGAGUAUUUUUCGGCGAAACGUUGCGGAUAAAAAAAAAUAGAUUUCCGAAAAACAUACUCGGAUAUGUCUAGAAAUCGUAUCGCGUUCACCCGAUUUCUUACGAUACUUACAAUGUACGUGACAAAAGAGGCAUAAAUGUCUCCUGCGGUGUAUAUAAUGUAUAUUUCCAUGUCAUGUUGCAAGCAAAUAAAUUCAUUUGCAGUAAGAA